CCACGUUAUACAGGAAGUAAAGAAAUGUUCGAGGGAGAGAAGGGACGGCUUGCCGAAAUAAACUGACAGAUAAACACUAAGUCUCUCAACACACUAUCUUUGCCGGCUGCUUCUGACCAGAUUUGCCGACUGACUCUGCCGGAAACGACAGCUGACGCUAUUAAAGGGACAAACUGAGCAAAAAAAAUGGCAGAGAAGGUGUUGGUCACAGGUGGAGCAGGCUACAUCGGGAGUCACUGUGUGGUGGAGCUCAUUGAAGCAGGCUACCAGCCGGUCGUAGUAGAUAACUUCAGUAACGCUGUACGAGGAGAGGGUAAUGUGGCUGAGAGCAUUCGGAGGAUAGAGAAGCAUCUGGGCACCAGCAUUGAGUUUCACGAUCUGGAUCUUCUGGAUCGCCCCGGCUUGGAAAACCUCUUCAAAAAGCAUUCUUUCAGUGCUGUGAUGCACUUUGCUGGCCUGAAAGCAGUGGGUGAGUCGGUGGAGCAGCCGCUACGCUACUACAGAGUCAACCUCACCGCCUCCAUAAACCUGCUCGAGGUGAUGCAGGCUCACAAGGUGAAAAAUCUGGUCUUCAGCAGCUCGGCCACGGUGUAUGGAGACCCCCAGUACCUUCCCAUAGACGAGCAGCACCCCACGGGGGGCUGCACCAACCCCUACGGCCAGAGCAAGUACUUCAUCGAGGAGAUGAUCAAGGACCACUGCAAAGCUGAGAAGGACUGGAAUGCAGUGCUGCUGCGUUAUUUCAACCCAAUCGGAGCUCAUUCCUCUGGACUGAUAGGAGAGGACCCUCAGGGGAUCCCGAACAACUUACUGCCAUAUGUUGCCCAGGUUGCGGUUGGGAGAAGAACGUGCCUGAGUGUGUUUGGAAAUGACUACGACACAGUCGAUGGCACAGGCGUGCGAGAUUACAUCCACGUCGUGGAUCUGGCAAAGGGACACAUAGCGGCCCUGAAGAAGCUGAAGGACAACUGCGGGUGCAAGGUUUACAAUCUGGGAACGGGAAGAGGCUACUCUGUGCUCCAGAUGGUGAAAGCCAUGGAGAAGGCAUCAGGGAAAGAGAUCCCAUACAAGAUCGCCCCUCGUAGGGAAGGAGACAUAGCUUCCUGCUAUGCUGACCCUUGUCUAGCUGAGAAGGAGCUGGGCUGGAAGGCUGAAUUCGAAUUGGAGAGAAUGUGUGAGGAUCUGUGGCGCUGGCAGUCCAUGAACCCCACCGGCUUUUCCAACGGCACCACCUCUUGAUGCAUCUAGUCGUUGUUUCAAACCUCUUUUUAAAUCACCUGGCCAAAGUGAGCCAUCGACUUUAUAAUUUUUUUUUUCUCAAAGACCUCAAAAGAAUCUGAAAUCUCAGUGUUUAAUUGGUUUUCUUUUUCUAUUUUAUGCCUAUAUUAACGGAAAGCCUGUUUACUCUGGAAGUAAAAUCUAUUUUGUUUUGUCUGGGUUUGUAUUUCACAUGUAACCUUGGGUAUAUUACGGAAGCCCUAAACGGCCACGGGUUCAAAUUUUAUUUUAUUUUUUUCCAUUUUCUCUAGAUCUUGAGUUAUUUCUAUAUAUAUAUAUAUAUAUAUAUAUAAACAAAGUUUUGUUUUCUCGAGAUCCCAAGAUUACUUUUCACGUGACGUCACACAGUUUUGUUUUCUCGAGAUCCCAAGAUCACUUUUCACGUGACGUCACACAGUUUACAGUGUCCUCUUUCUCAGUGAGCGGUGUUUUCAAACUGGAAAUGGAAUUCACACAGUGCGUCCUCCAGCUACUCAAAUUCUGUUUGGGAGACUGUGCAGACUGCACAAAAACUGUCUGCCACUCCAGCCUCCAAACUUAAGGGUUACAGGUUGUUUUUAUAACAUCACCUGUUUGAUUAUGAAGCCUUAUUAUAUUAAUAUAUAUUGUUUUGGAACAGUGUCAACCACUCAGUCACAGUGAGAGCAUGCUGUUACAGGUCUAUGAGGAAAAACAAAUAGCCUCAUUACCUCAGGUUUUUCUAAUAAGAUUAUAGGGUUCCGUUUUCUCUUUUGUUGUGUUGUGUUAUGCUGCGGUUGCAGACUUUGCAGUAUGCCAGUAUUUCAGGAGCCUCAAUUAAUAGACAACUGCACACGUAACUGUUAAGACCCAUGUUUGUUGAGGACAAAGACUGAGAAAUAUACUGUCAAUUAGUGUUUACAUGCACACUUUUAAUCAGUGUAUUAUCGCAUUUCUGGAUUAUCAUAUUAUUCAAGUGGCCAUUUAACACCAUGAGGACCCGGUGUCUUUUAUCAGAUUAUUGCAGUUAUCAAUUCAAUUCAAAUAACUUUAGGUAUCCCCGAGGGGUCAUUUAACAGCUCACUGAUUAUUAUUCUGCACAUGUAAAUGCCCUCAGUGAAAAACACCUACUGUUCCAUAUGCUCAUAUUCUGUCAUGUUACUGUUUUGAUGAUUUAGAAAUGAUCCAAAUCCACUUAACACAUCAUGUCUCUGUUUAUGGUGAGUAUGAGGAGGACAUACUUUUGUGAAUGAUGUUCAUGUAGUUGCUCUUAGUUAAUUUUUUUUUUAACUUUAUUUUAGUCAUACUCAACCUACCUUGGGAGUUUACACAACAUUGUUUAAUUUUAAAACAAUCAUUCAACUUAAUUACCAGUUGUCAAUCUGUACAUGCAAACAUUUGAAUUACAAGAAAACAGAGGAAAUUAACUAUCACGGGAAAAUGGAAAAAAAAUAUGUGAACCCAUGGCCGCUUAGAGCUUCCAUAGUAUUUCUCCUCUUUGAAUGUACUGAUCUGUGAGCCAUAACAAUGGAAGAAUAAAUUAAUUUUCUUACUGAAA